AUGAUUCCGGUCGCCGUGGAACCCCUGAUCUGCCCGGAGGCAGUCCGGUGGUGGAUGAACGGCGUCGCCAAGUAUGAGAAGAAAUCUGUGAAGGUGCGUGAGAAGGCCAGAAAACACAUGUCGGCCAUGGGCUGGAAAUUUUGGCACGCAAGGCUUCAGGGAGAUAAACCGGUCGAGUUUAGGUACCAAUCUCCGGCCGGGAAAUUAUACUACUCGCUUAAAACGGCUUGCAAAACCUGCGUUGACCUAGACCUCACUGGUUUCGAAAGCAUCGGUUCAAAUAGUUCUGAUCCUAAUUCUCCUAUGGAAGAAUCUGAGGAACCAAAAUCUUGGAUUAAUUCCCUCGAAACGAAGCCAAAAAAGAGAGGAAGGAAGAAGAAGAUUGAUUUAUUGAUGGCAAAAAAGAGAGGAAGGAAGAGGAAAACUGAUUUAUUAACGUGUGAUCCUAGUUAUGAUCCUAUGGAAGAUUGUAAGGAAUCAAAAUCCUGUACUAAUUUCCCCCAAUCAAAGCCAAAAAAGAGAGGAAGAAAGAGGAAGAUUGAUUUAGUAACGCCGGAGGAGGAACAAGAGAGUCUUGAAAUUAGUCCCAAGCAUAAACCAGGGAAGGUUCUUGCGGAGUUGAAGAGGCUUAGACUUGAAGACGAGCCAAAGUUACAGAUUCGAAGUCCGAGAACAAUUCUUUCUUCUUUGAUAGACAACAAGGUUGUUAUGCUACAUGCUAAAGUGUACUACCGUGGGAGAAGCGGUGGCAGUCCACUGGCCAAGGGCCAAGUUAUUCGUGAGGGGAUCAUGUGUGAUUGUUGCGCUAAGGUGUUUGCUCUCACUGCUUUUGAAGCACAUGCUGGUAGCACAAAUCACAGGCCGGGUGCCAAUAUCGUUCUCGAGGAAGAUGGGAGGACGAUUUCAGAUUGCCAACGACAGAUGAAGAGUUUUAAGGAUGAGAAGAAGGUGGUGAAGAGUAGUAAUAAGAUUGACAAGACUGAUGAUUUAUGCAGUGUGUGUCAUAAUGAGGGUGAGCUGAUUCUGUGUGAUAGAUGUCCUUCUGCAUUCCAUACUAGCUGUUUGCGUUUGAGUGAAGUGGCAGAUGGCGAUUGGUUCUGCCCGGCGUGUUGUUGUGGAAUCUGUGGCAGUGGAAAACUUGAACAAGGAACUAUUCCUGGUGAGAUUAGGAAAUGUGAUCAGUGUGAGCGUAAGUACCAUGUUGGGUGCUUGAGAAACAAUGAAGUGGUUUGUGAACAGAAUUGGUUUUGUAGUAGUAAAUGUCAAAAUAUUCUGUUUGGGCUGAAAGGGCUUUUGGGACGGCCAAUUUUAGUGGGUGACAACAAUCUCACUUGGACACUAUUGAAGUCUUCCUUCACUAAUAGGGCAGACUCCAGAGAAACUCAGAAAAAGCUCAGGUCGGCUCUUAAUGUGUUGCAUAAGUGUUUUGAGCCUUCUAUUGAUCCAUACACACAAAGGGACCUCGUCGAAGACAUUGUUUUAAAUAGAGAGUCGAAUCUGAGGCGCUUGAAUUUCCGAGGGUUUUACACUGUGGUUUUAGAGAGGAAUAAGGAAGUGAUUUGUGUGGCUACUGUGAGGAUCUAUGGGGAAGUGGCAGAAGUACCUCUUGUGGCCACUAUGUUCCGACACCGGAGACUUGGGAUGUGUCGGAUUUUGAUGAAUGAGCUGGAAAAACAGCUCAAGAAGUUGGGAGUUGAGAGACUGGUUUUGCCUUCUGCUCCUGCUGCACUGGAUACAUGGACUAACACUUCGAUUGGGUUUUCGAAGAUGCCUGAAGCUGAAAAACAACAGUUUAUUAAUUAUUUUUUCCUGUAUUUUCAAGGCACUGUCAUGUGUCAUAAAUUUUUGAAGCAGAGGAGUGCUACAAAAGCAACAAUCCCAGAAGAAAACAUGGAACUUGAUGAGUCUUCAGGUGGCGUCUCUAUAAUAACACAGGCAGAAGAUUGA